UUCUUUCCCUCUAAUUUUUUUUUAACCCUAUCUAGCUAUAAAUGCUUUUCUUAUCCCUAUCAAACCCAAUUCAGUUCUUAACUCAAUUCUCCCAUUCCAAGAUCAUUCACAGCUCAUUUUUUUCUUGGUAGAGAUUCAUGGAAGGGCUCAAGGUUCCCCAUUUGAUUGCAAUAAUAUCGGUUCUUCUACUAAUUUCAGUGAAUGGGCAAAUUAGCACGCCAUGCACAAGCUCAAUGAUUACCAGCUUCACCCCCUGCAUAAAUUUUAUCACUGGUAGUAGCAGCAAUGGCAAAUCACCCACUGCAAGCUGCUGCAAUUCAGUGGCGUCACUGAUGAGCACAGGCACGGAUUGUGCUUGUCUAAUACUAACAGCUAGUGUCCCUGUUCAACUCCCAAUUAACCGCACACUAGCAAUCUCUCUCCCCCAAGCAUGCAAGAUGAGUAGUGUGCCAUUACAGUGCAAAGCUUCUGGCACUCCUCUACCAGCCCCAGGUCCCAUCUUGCUAGGGCCAACUCUUCCACCUCCAGCUGCUGCUGCUGCUCCUCUAAGUCCACGAGGACUCUACUUGGCAGCUUCCAAAGCAGCAGCACUGGCUCCACCACCAGAAUCUGAAACCAACCUUCCAAUUACACCAGCAUCCCCACCAGUGCAAAUAGAAGGUCCACCAACAACUACAGGGAUUCGACCUGUGCUGUCCUCCUCAGCAUCAAUGCCGUCUCACAUUUCCCCACCAAUUUCCCUGCUCCUAUUUAUAGCAAUCAUUGUUUUGAAAUGCAAUUAAAUUUUUUUGCUACCUUUUUGAUAUCGCAUCUCUUAGUUCUGGGUUCAAGUUGAAUCUGGUAAAAUCAA